AUGGGGCUCCACCGUCGUCCUGUUGCUGCCGGAGACUUUAGUGCCGAGGAUCGUGAGAUUCGUAACCGCACAUGGUGGUGCAUAUACAGUCUAGAAAGGCAGGUCGCAGUAAUCACCGGGCGAGUACUAUCGGUUCGAGACCACGCGAUAGAUGCUUCUAGGCCGUCCCUCAGCAGCCUGGACGACCUUACACCUGCUGAAGUGCAGGCGGCACCCGUAUUCAACCACCUCAAUGUCAAGCUUUUUAACCACCUUGUAAGACUACGCCAAAUAGGUGGCCGUGUUCUCGAAUCUAUCUACAUCGCUAGGGCGCCCGACGGGCGAGCGUCCAGAGCCACAUUCCAGCAAAUAUGCAGCGAAAUUGAAGAUGUCCAAAAAGAGUUGGAAGGCUGGAAGCGAGAGAUGACUCUCCUUGAUGUCAAGGGCACUCGAGAAUACUCCGAGAUGAAGGUUGAAUAUGGUCUUCUCCUGCUUCUCAUGUACCGACCAUCUCCCACCUUCAUGAUUCCCUCCAGCGAGAUGGUUGAAAUAUCCUCUCGGGCUGUAGCCGGCACCGUGCGUCAAUGGCUGAAGUUGGAACUCCAGCAUGGCAUCAUGGCCGUCUGUCGAUGCUUCCGCCAUGUGCAUUCGAUUCUGAUGGUAGGACUAGCAGGCUUGUAUUGCGAUUGCGAUGUGGCCGCAUGCAUCGACCUCAUCGAGCGCGGUACCUCCCAUAUGAAAGAAGAAGGAUUGCUGAAGUACCGCGACCUUCUUCAAGCAGCACGAAUAAAAGUAUACGGGCCAACAAACUGGGAGCCACCAAGCGUACAGACUCACAUGACAGAUACCCCAUCCACGCUACCGGUCAGCUCUUCUGACACGCUCGGCAUGUUCGCUUCAGAUAAUCUGCAGUAUCCCAUGUCCUUUCAGGGCGAAGGACUAGAAACAUAUGUGAACGAAGUAACGGGAUAUUUUGACAGCACCCAGCUUGGCUUGGAUGAAGGUUUGACUGCCUGGUUCGGUACAUUCAUGGACGAACUCCAGCCCUUUCAGAAUAGGGAUAUUAGAUGA